AUGGACGCAGCCCCCGCACACCCCGUGGCGCUCUCUGUCGCUGCGAGUGGGCCUCCUAAUCACAGGUGCUUCGUCUACACGGAACCCUACAGAUCAUGUAACUGCUGGGGAGGCCGCGUCCUUGAAGAUGAUUUAUUUCUCCUCACUGUGUUUCAUUUGUCUCUCCUAGCUUAUGUUCCUGAGGAAGAACUGAAGGCAGCAGAAAUAGAUGAAGAGAACGUGGAGGAGGUUGGGCUGUCCCUGGACAUCCCAGAAAGCGACUACGUGUGCAAUGAGGACACAGACAUCAAGGAAGCUCAGAGCUACCAGAACUCCCCUGUCAGCACCGCGACGAACCAGGACGCUGGCUACGGGUCGCCCUUCAGUGAGAACAGCGACCAGCUAGUCCAUUUCCAAAGCUCUUCCUCCAGAGAAGAGAAGGAGGAUCCACAGGGCCCGGACAGCGUCUCCUACCCCCAGGACAGCUUGGCACAAAUCAAGGCUGUGUAUGCAAACUUGUUCUCCGAGUCCUGCUGGUCCAGCUUAGCUUUGGAUUUGAAGAAGUCGGGUUCGACCACCAGCAGCAGCGAUGUGGGCCAGAAGGAGAGCUCCACCCCCGCCCCCACACCCCCCGCCAGCACGGCGGGCACCACGGGCACCACGGCCAGCACCCCCAGCUCCGGUUCGGGCUCCGGCUCCGGCACCAGCGGCGGCGGCGGCUCGGGGUACGACUGGCAUCAGGCCGCCCUGGCCAAGACGCUGCAGCAGACGUCCUCGUAUGGGCUGCUCCCCGAGCCCAGCCUCUUCAGCACCGUGCAGCUCUAUAGGCAGAACAACAAACUGUAUGGCUCGGUGUUCACGGGCGCCAGCAAGUUCCGCUGCAAGGACUGCAGCGCCGCCUACGACACCCUGGUGGAGCUGACCGUGCACAUGAAUGAGACGGGGCACUACCGUGACGACAACAGGGACAAAGACUCCGAGAAGACCAAGCGGUGGUCCAAGCCCAGGAAGCGCUCGCUGAUGGAGAUGGAAGGCAAGGAGGAUGCCCAGAAGGUGCUCAAGUGCAUGUACUGCGGCCACUCUUUCGAGUCCCUGCAGGACCUGAGCGUCCACAUGAUCAAGACAAAGCAUUACCAGAAAGUGCCUCUGAAGGAGCCAGUGCCAGCCAUCACCAAGCUGGUCCCUUCCACCAAGAAGCGCGCCCUGCAGGACCUGGCGUCGCCGUGUUCCCCCGAGCCGGCGGGACUCGCCGCCGACGCCGCGCUCAGCGAGUCGGCCAAGGACCAGAAGGCCGCCAACCCGUACGUGACGCCCAACAACCGCUACGGCUACCAGAACGGAGCCAGCUACACCUGGCAGUUCGAGGCCCGCAAGGCGCAGAUCCUCAAGUGCAUGGAGUGCGGGAGCUCCCACGACACGCUGCAGCAGCUCACCGCCCACAUGAUGGUCACCGGCCACUUCCUCAAGGUCACCAGCUCCGCCUCCAAGAAGGGGAAGCAGCUGGUGCUGGACCCCGUGGUGGAAGAGAAGAUCCAGUCCAUACCUUUGCCCCCCACCACGCACACGCGGCUGCCGGCCUCCCACAUCAAGAAGCAGCCCGACUCUCCCGCGGGCGCCACGCCCUCCGAGGACAAGAAGGAGCCUGAGAAGGACAAGGCGCCGGCGGCUGGCGAGGCAGAGAAGAAGGUCAAGGAGGAGAGCGAGGAGGCCCCCGAGAAGUUCGAGCCCACCGCCCUGUAUCAGUACCUCCGCGAGGAGGACCUGGACGACAGCCCCAAGGGCGGGGUGGACAUCCUGAAGUCCCUGGAGAACACGGUCUCCACGGCCAUCAGCAAAGCCCAGAACGGCGCGCCCUCGUGGGGCGGCUACCCCAGCAUCCACGCAGCGUACCAGCUGCCUGGCGCCGUGAAGCCGCUGCCUGCCGUGCAGAGCGUGCAGAUGCAGCCGUCCUACGCGGGUGGCGUGAAGUCACUGGCCUCGGAGCACAGCGCACUGCUGCACUCCCCGGGGAGCCUCACGCCGCCGCCGCACAAGAGCAACGUGUCGGCCAUGGAGGAGCUGGUGGAGAAAGUCACCGGCAAGGUCAGCGUGAAGAAGGAGGAGCGGCCCGCCGACAGGGAGAAGGGCUCUCCGGCCAAGGCUGUGUCCCCCGUGGCCAAAGAGAAUAAAGACUUCCCUCGCAUGGAGGACGGUGGCGGCAGCGGCAAGGCGCAACAGAAGAAGGGCCCCGAGGCGGAGGCGGGGAAAGCCAAAAAGGAGGGUGUGCAGGACGCGCACACCCCAAACGGCACCGAGCCUCUGAAAGCCAAAGUCACCAAUGGCUGUAAUAACCUGGGCAUCAUCACGGACCACUCGCCGGAGCCCUCCUUCAUCAACCCGCUGAGCGCGCUGCAGUCCAUCAUGAACACCCACCUGGGCAAAGUGUCCAAGCCUGUGAGCCCGUCGCUGGACCCUCUGGCCAUGCUGUACAAAAUCAGCAACAGCAUGCUGGACAAGCCGGUCUACCCUGCCAUCCCCAUCAAGCAGGCGGACGCCAUCGACCGCUAUUACUACGACAACAGCGACCAGCCCAUCGACCUGACCAAGUCCAAAAGCAAGCCCCUGGUUUCCAGCGCAGCCGACCCCGUGGCCUCGCCUCUCCGCGAGAGUGCCCUCAUGGACAUCUCCGACAUGGUGAAGAACCUCACGGGCCGGCUCACCCCCAAGUCCUCCACGCCCUCCACCGUGUCGGAGAAGUCCGACGCCGACGGCAGCAGCUUCGAGGAAGCGCUGGAUGAGCUGUCGCCUGUGCACAAGAGGAAGGGGCGACAGUCCAACUGGAACCCGCAGCACCUGCUCAUCCUGCAGGCCCAGUUUGCCUCGAGCCUGCGGGAGACGCCGGAGGGUAAGUACAUCAUGUCGGACCUGGGCCCUCAGGAGCGCGUGCACAUCUCCAAGUUUACGGGGCUGUCCAUGACCACCAUCAGCCACUGGCUGGCCAACGUGAAGUAUCAGCUGAGGAGGACAGGGGGUACCAAGUUCCUGAAGAACCUGGACACAGGGCAUCCUGUUUUCUUUUGCAACGAUUGUGCCUCUCAGUUCAGAACUGCUUCUACGUACAUAAAUCAUCUAGAGACACACUUAGGCUUCAGCUUGAAGGAUCUCUCCAAGCUGCCACUAAAUCAGAUUCAAGAACAGCAGAAUGUUUCAAAAGUCCUGGCAAACAAAGCUUUGGGCCCGAUAGGGGCUGCCGAGGAUGAUGUGGGCUCCACAUUCCAAUGCAAGCUUUGCAACAGGACUUUUGCGAGCAAGCACGCAGUCAAACUGCACCUUAGUAAGACCCACGGCAAGUCCCCGGAGGACCACCUGAUCUAUGUGACAGAGCUGGAGAAACAAUAGCGCCCAGGUAUGCGAGGGACCGCGGCACAUUGCACUACACGUUGUCUUUGUACUGCACUAGGCCUGGCUGAGCCUCCGAAAUCAGCCUUCCCUUUUGUUGCCGAGCUGGCUGUCUGGACCUUGGUUUUUCUUACACAUAUUUUGUAGUUAUAUUUAUAUGCUCUUUGUCCGAUUGUGCAUGUUAUUUUUCUUUUUCCGUGAGUCAAAGUCUGACCUUUAUUUUCAACAUCUGUUCUUGAUGUUAAGCUAUCUUUUGUAGGAAAUAGUGGGGCACGCUACUCAGAGACAUUUAUUUAGCAGAAAAGAAAGACACAAAUAACAAUGAUAAAAAGACAUCCUAAAAUUACAAAGUUGCCAUGACAAUAAAGGUCAUAGAACCUAGUAGUGUCAAAUUUAACCCUUUGAGGACUGCAAUUGCAUUUCUGUGCCUUUCACUCAAAAAAAAAAAAAAAAAA